CAGUUGAAAAAAUAAUAUUGUUUUUAGAUUUUGUUUUAAAAUAAAAUCACUCUAAAAUCUAAAAAAUUCUCAUUUAAUUUAGAUAGAUUUAAUGUAAAAAAUGAAUAACGCGCCACAGUUUUCUUUGCGGUGGAAUAAUUAUGUUACUCACGUAACGGAGGCCUUUAAUGCACUUAGAUUUGAAAAUGACUUGGUCGACGUGACCCUAUGUUGCGAUGGUGGCAAAAUUAGGGCUCACAAAAUGUUACUAUCAGCGUGCAGCAGUUAUUUUAGACAAAUUUUCAAAGAAAAUCCCUGCCAGCAUCCUGUGAUUAUCUUUAGAAACUUCAAGUUUGAGGAUCUCAAUGCAAUUAUCAAUUUCAUGUAUCAUGGUGAGGUGAACAUAUUUCAGGAGCAGUUGGAAUCCUUUCUAAUAACUGCAGAGCUUUUGGAGGUUAAGGGUUUGACUGAUAACGUGGAAGAAGAAUCGUCAAGUAACCAACUUAGAAUCAGUGACAACAAUUCUUUAGAUCUAAGUUCUAAAUCUAAUAGAACUAAUGACCUUCCUGUGCCUGUUAUUGUUGAGGAGCCUGUAAACUUAACGACCCUACCUUGGAGUAGAGGUGAUAACAUUCCACAAGACAUUUCAGCAGCUUCCCAAGAUAGUGAGACAGAAGUUCAAGAACCACAGCCUGAAACAUCAAAAAUAGACAUUGGUACCAUAAAAAAACAAACUGCAUCUACUAGUGAAGACAUGCAAAUUGACACACAAUCAACAUCAGCUGAAGAUUUAACUGAUAAAACUAAUUCAGAAUCAGACCUGGCCAAGUUUCGAUGUCAAUUAUGUCCCAAAGGAUUUAAACAUCCUACAUCCUUAACGUUGCAUAAAGACUCUCAUGCAGGUAAAACACAGUGUCCAGUAUGCCAUAGGUCAUUUUCACGUUCCUAUGAUAUGAGAAGCCACUUACAAAGGAUCCAUCAGGGAAAGCAGUUGACUAUUAAGGAGAUUAGAUACAAGAAUAACAGUGACAGUGUACCACCUAAGCAAUUUACUCACAAUAUCUAGCUUGAAAUUAUUGGUAACACAAGUUACCAUAGUACAGCAGCACAUAGUGCAAAAUAUAUUUUUGUUUUAGAAAAAAUAUUGACCCUGCAAUGGAAAAGCAUUGCAGUAUUUUGACAAAUAUGUGAUUUUUAUCUUACCUAAUGUUGUUGUAUAUAAUACAAUAGGAAUACAUAAAUUAAUGAAAGAUACUCUAAAGGAGGACAUUUACUGUCUGUAAAUAGUUAAUAUUUUUACUGAAGUGUAUAUGAAGUGAUUGCAAAUAUUCAACAAUUGUUACAUUCAAUCUUCUUGAUCAAUAUACUUGUAUAAUAACAAUCCCAAUAAUAUGUACAGCAGUCAAGAAUAUAGAGUGUCAAAAGAAUAGGCAUAUUUGUAUGACGCUGAGGCUUACCUAAAAAUAUGAAACCUACUGCAAAUGAAAUAUUUUUGAUGACUAGGUAAUUUGAAUUUUAAUGAUUAUUUUGAAGUUAGAAUUAAGCUGCCAUACCAUGAAAUGGAUUAAGUAUGUACUCAUAUUCUUCAAUUGACACUGGUAUCACACUGUUAAGAGUUAGCCCUAAAUUGCCCAUGAUUCUUUGGACUUGAUGUAAUGAUUUCAGAGCACUUGUAAAGGUUUAUUUGAAUAAAAAUUUAUUCUAUUAUUCUAUUUAUCAAGUAAAUAUGCCAGGUUUAAUAUGUGUAGCGAGUAUCUCUACUCUUUGAUACCCUAGGGCUUAGCAUAUACAGCAUCAUACAGCAACAUCUGUCUGAAAGCAAAAUUAAAGGUUUUAGUUCUGUGUUCUGUAGAUACACUGGCAUUGAAUCUGAUAUUUUUUCUAAACUAAAUUUAGAGUAUCUGCAUCUUUUUCUUUUUAAUUUUGCUAAAAAAGGACAGAAAAUGAAUUCUAAAUUUAAGGACUUAAAAUUCAAGUGAGAGUAAAGUUAUGAGAUUUGACAGUUCUAAAUUAAAUUAGGUUGGUCUGUCCUUUUCUUAUAACAUUUGUAAGAUAAACCAGAAACUCAGAAUCAGUAUUAUCAAAACAUGCUGAUAAUACACUGAAAGUAGCUGUUCUGUUUACCUAUUUGAAGAGAUUCUUUGUUUCAAAAGUAUAACUGUCAAUAGUUCUACAACUUCACAAAUAGUCGAACUCAUACAAUCUACAUUACUGACAGUAAAUUGUUUUGCCUACUAUGUUUUUCCAUAUUAUAAGCUGUUACACUAUACUUUAAGCAUAUUCAUUAUAAUAUAAAAAGUUAAAAUUAUAAAAUUGUAGGUAUACAUAUCUACUUAGUACCUACUUAUAUUUAUUUACUUACCUACCUUUCAAAAGUCACAAUUAAAUAUUUGCUCAGUUGUGUAGCUUUGGCUAUUUUUAUACUAGUCUAUAAAAUAAUUGUUUUAAUAAACUGUUUAUACAA